ACUUACAUUUCAUACUCAAUUUUUUUCUGACUUUCAAAAAGGAAUGCCAACCACUUGAGAAACUCCUUCCAUGUGGGAGGGAGGGAGAGUCCUCCAUCACCGCCCACCGUCGCCGUCCACCGCUACUGGAACCCACAGCAACAGCAAAUCCAAGGGCUCAGCAGGAUUGGCCCCUUCUAAAUCGACCCUUUACGUUUCCAAUCUCGACUAUGCCCUCACCAAUUCCGAUCUCCAUACCCUCUUCUCCACCUUCGGCAAGGUCGCUCGCGUCACCGUUCUCAAGGAUCGCGCUUCCCGCCGGUCCAAAGGUGUGACCUUUAUUCAGUUUGUAUCGCGGGAGGAUGCGCUGGCGGCAGUGCGUGUUAUGCAUGGAAAGUUUAUUCGAAAAAGGGUCUUCAAGGACAAGUCGAGGUGUUAUGAGUGCGGGGAUUCUGGGCAUUUGUCGUACGAGUGCCCUAAGAACCAGCUAGGGCCAAGGGAGGGGCCGAUACCCAAGAAGGGGCGUGGAGGUGGGACAGGGAGGAGGGCAGAAAAUGAAGAUGGGGCAGAUGAUGUAUCGGAUAUGGAGGAAGCGUUCGAGGAGGAGAAUUGGGCUUCUGUGGUGAACGGAGGGGCUGAAGGGAGGUUAUUGAGAGGGAGGGUGGUGGAGGAGAAGAAGGAGGUUGCGAAGAAACUGAAAACUAGUUACUUUAGUGAUGAGAGUGACGAGGAGGAGUGAUUUCAUGAGGAAUUGGGGGUGUAGAUAGCUACAUGUGUUGGAGCCACUUGAGUUUGAGGAUUUUCACCAGAAGGGACCAUCCAUGACUUGUGGCAAGAUUCAAAUGAGUUCAAUAUGCCUAAUAAGUUGGGUGUCAUCUCCACUAACAAAGCAAGGAUAUACAUUCUUGUAUCCCACACCAUGAAUUAUAUUCAAGAGGAAGAACAAUUUUUUUGGGCCAUCAAAGGAGGAACAAUUUGAAUUUUGUAUAAUAUUUUGGUAUAGCUUUAUACUUUACAGCCUAAUCAAGUUGGUUGAUUAGGCAGGGAGGCACCUCCUCUUUGCUCCUGCUAUUUUGUUGCUUAGUGUUCAUUGUAUACAUUAGUUUUCCAGUACAUUAUAUCUCUCACAAGGUGCUUCUUAAUGAUCCAGGGGCUCAACCUGGACUCUUGUAAAUUGA